GGCCCGGGAAAACCGAACGAUCCUCUUCUUUAACGUUCAUGUCGACUCUAUAAUGCACGGCUUCCACGUUCGUAUCGUCUUGAACACAAGAGUACAAAGCCCAUUCGACAUCUCCAUUCCAAAUACCAUAUUCGAUAAACUCCCGGUUCAUCGCCCAAACCCCACCAAUCGAAAGAACGCGACUUUUAAUCCGUACCAAAAAGACUACAGAUUUGGACCUAUUCGCAUCGACUGGAUGGAUUCAAAUAUGCCAGCAUCCACCAGCUCAACUGGGAAAGAAAAGGAUCGUGGAAAGGAUGGACAUGCAGUUGCACAUUUUGUCGCGAAUGAAACUGUCUCUGGGUCUACGAAUCUGCCUGAAGGCGUCAUACAUGUAUACCGAGAGAAUGAGACACCCACAGGUCAAACAUCCACUUCGAGGCCUGUUACGGACAGUGUAAUCUUGGGCAUUUUAGCUGUUCCAUCCUGGAUGGCUCCCUCAGAUCUAUUGACUUUCGUCGCUCCUGCCGCUGAGACAAUAUCCCAUCUGCGUAUACUGAGAGACUGUGUACCAAAUCGUUCAAUUGCUCUCAUCAAGUUCCCGAAACCGGAAGAUGCCUCUGAGUUCAUCGAAGCUUACAAUGGCAAACCUUUCAACUCCAUGGAGCCAGAAAUCUGCAAUGUUGUGCAUGUCCUGUCUGUCGAGCUACACGCUGAAGAUACUGUGUCGCAAGGCGUUGCUCAAUUUGUUGGCUCACAGAAUAACAUGUACGAGCUACCUACUUGUCCUGUUUGCCUCGAAAGAAUGGAUAUGGCUGUUACGGGCCUUGUCACCGUUCCUUGUUCACACACCUUUCACUGUACGUGUUUAAGCAAAUGGGGUGAUAGCCGCUGUCCUGUGUGCAGGUAUUCCCAGAACCUCAUGUCCUCUCAUCCAUCCUCAACUUCUACUUCCACGCGACCUACCAAAAUUCCAUUUGCCAAUCCUUCUACGGCUAAUAUGUCGGCUUGCGCUGCUUGUUCUUCUACGACCAAUCUAUGGAUCUGUCUUAUAUGCGGAAAUGUUGGUUGUGGGAGGUAUGGCCGAGCUCACGCUCAAGCUCAUUACCAAUCCACUACCCACCUCUAUGCACUAGAACUUGAAACACAGCGUGUAUGGGACUAUGCAGGUGAUGGCUACGUACAUCGUCUCAUUCGAAACAAAGCUGAUGGUAAAGUGGUCGAACUGCCGAGCGCUGCUACGGCAAUGAGUUCAAGCCCUCGAGAGGGUGGUCUCGGUCCAAGUGCGGCUGAUGCCCUCAGUGCAGAGAAGAUAGAAGCUAUUGGCAUCGAGUACUCGUAUCUGCUCACAUCCCAACUGGAUUCACAGAGAGCUUAUUACGAAGAUCAGACAGCUGAACUUCAGAUCCAGGUCGGGGAAUUGAGGGGGUUAGUGGAACGGUUGACGAAUCAAUCAGAGAAAGAACAGAUUGUGUCGACGGAAGCGGAGAGGGAACGACAACGGUUGGAUGAGGAAAGGAUAUUUGAGCUACUAAAAGCCAAAGCUAAAGCUGAAAAUCGUGCUGAAAAGAUGGCAGAGCUUGCUCGAAGGUUGGAAAAAGAUUUGAGGGAGGAGAGAGCGGUCACUGAGGGUCUUAUGAGUAACUUGGGAAAAAUGAAGGAGAAAGCGGAAGCCGUGGAUAAAGAUAGGGAGGAGUUCAGGUCAAAGAUCAGCGAGUUGGAGGACCAACUCAGGGACGUCAUGUUCUUCUUGGAAGCCAAGACGCAGAUUGAAACCGGUGGAGGUGUGGUGAGUGAGGCGGCAGGGGGAUCGAUUGAAAUGCCUCCAUCAGGAUCGAACAAAAAGAAAAAGAACAAGAAAUGACGAUGUAGGUGAAUUAAUUAAUGUACUACGAUACAAUGUACAACACGAACAAUAUAAACAUUAAUGCAGUGGAUAUGGUGG